AUGUUACUCGAUCUACCGACAGAGUUGAUCCAGCUUAUAUUGAAACAUGCCAGUGCAUCAUCUUAUACCCAAAUAGCUUUAUGCUGUCACUAUCUCUACACGCUCUCUUCUUCGCGAAGGAAUCUGAUUUUGUUUCAUUUGAAGCGGGUUCCAGGCGCAAAAGAACAGUUUGACCAUCUAGACACAUACUCACUGUUCUUGCUGCUCAGGAAACGAGUCACAAAGUGGCUCUUUAAUGCAAGGACAUAUGCUGGUCGUAAGCUAUACACCGUCAAUCUCGAAAGGCCCAAUACUGGGACUUCGUCUUUGGGUUACAUAGGCGGUUCUCCAUUGUUCGCGUGCGUGUCCAAAGAAGAUCAGCGAGUUCAUCUGAUACAUGUAGAUUUGAAUGGAACGGUGUCACUAAAAGGGACAUUAAAAUGCCCUCCACAGAUACAGAAAGAAAUAUGUGGAACCAUUGUUAAGACUGCCUUUACGCACGACGAAGCGCUGGCUAUUCUCAUACGCGGGCAAAAUCGUAACGAGCAAACAGAUUCAUUUACAGAACUAAGUUUUGUGCAACAAAUCCGAGCGCAAAACAGCAACGAACACUAUCUUCUAUUACACUUCCCACUGAUCGAUUCUGAUGCUCGUCCCAGCGUGUGUAAAAUAUAUGGACGCGGUGAAUUCGAAGUAGCGGCCCUGGCUGUUGAUAGUAAAUGGCGUUUUGCAGUAUCGUGGCAUCACACUGAUUUUGAAGAGCAUCAUGAGGUGAUUUCCUACGAAGCCAAUGAUGAUAUAUGCCCUGAUGACCCUUCUCUUUCUUAUCUCAGUUAUCAAGAGAAAAGUGUCGUUGAUGAAAAUGGAGUAUGGCCCAAAUGGAGAACCGAAGAUCCAGCGCGAUUUGACGAGCAAUCGUUCUCACAAUUAGGGCCAGUAACAGAUAUCCAAUACCAUAAUCGUGGCCGCCAGAUGCUUUAUUCCUACAGGGGAUCAACAUUGUUCAAAUUUUGGCAAAUCGUCCUCGACACUCAACCACUGUCUCUAUCCUCUGGCUAUAUCAAUCGCUGCGCGGUGUCUCUUAAUCGGGGUGAAAGACGGAUCCCAUUCACCGUCAAUAUCCCCUUCUUUGGCACUCACGUGGAGGAGCCAGAAAACGACUUUUGCAGCCAUAUAUACCUCUCCUUUGGAACAGCAACUCACCCGUCGCAUGACUGUCCUAUCGCUUGUAUACUGAAAAAACAGCGACUAUGCGAAAACCUGACUACGCCUCAUCAGUAUGACAGUGAACCGUACUUUGAUCCGCAGCUGUGGUCUGUGGUGGCCCGGCUCUGGGGGUAUCCCAGACCAUCGAGCACAUUAGGCUGUAUUUUCGCGGCUUCGGCUGGGGGUACACGCGUGGCCGUCUGCCACUGGGAUGUUCUUUAUGUUUGGGCAUUGGAUCCGAAUGUACUGGUGCGAGAAACCAGAGAAAAGGUCAAAGCCGAAAGCCAGUAUUUUCCGCCGACCUGGCGCGCUGAGACUAACUUGAUAGAGCUACGUCCGGCGGUGUUUCGUCUCGAUGCAGUUGGCUUCAAGCUCAUGUUUACUCAAAAUGAAGAUAUUAUUAUGGUGCUGACUGAUAAAGGGUUGAUGACAUGGGACUUGAGGCCGCAGGGAGAACGACGGCGGAUAGUAUCGAAUAUUGAUACCAGCAUUCAACCGUAG